CAGGCAGUGCCGGAAUCGCCCUUGAUGACAGAAAUGAAAAUUACGAUAAUGCGCGGGGGCUUGUGCUGCGCGGGGUGGUGGUGGUCGUCGUCGUUGAUACUGAUGCUGCCGCUGCUGAUGCUUGUGCCGACGGGAUCAGUUACGAACGAAAUCCUGACAGCCAUGCUGUUGCGCAGCUUCCUCGUUCUAUGAGCAGAUGCUUGUCGUCGUCGUCGUCGCCGUCAUCUGAUUGGGCUCGACGCUGCAAUUGCCGGAAAGGUGGGCCUUGCCAAGGUGAAGGGAGGUGGGGAAGCGUGUGACGGUCGGAGGAGGGAUUGUUUGUAGUCUCAGCAAAUUUAAGCGGGAUUACACGGGAACUCACUUCAUCGGUGGUUGAGGAGGUUCUCUGGAACUAGGGCUACGGCAGAAACAAGGCGCUGAUUGAGUAUCAGAAUUGCAACUGUGCGUAUGAGUUUUCAGUUACUGAAAUAAUAAUGCGUCUGUCCUUGAAGUUCAGUCCGGGCUCUGGAGGAGGAGAGAGUUAUCACUGUAAGAUGAGGUUACUUGCUGUUGACGUUGCUGAAUCCAAGCCAUUUGUCGUGUAUUGGAUAGGUGCUCAGUUUAUAGUGAGAGAAGCUAUUUCAGACGUUCACUAAAGCCAUCGCUUUUUCCUGAACUUCCCACCUGGUCAAGAGUUCUCUAGCUGAGCAGCUUUGUUUGUCCCAGACGUAGAAACCAGAUAGGAGAGUGUGUUGUUUGUAAAUAUCUUUCCCUCGAAAGAAGUCUAGAAACCCUGGCUACAGUUUCAAAGAAGCAUUGGUCAACCUUGCGUCGCGGAGUCCACACCGGUAUGUAUUCUGGAACGAUCUCUGAUCGUGGAGUUUCAAGUGUCGGUCGAGGAUGCUCCAGCAUGACUGAUUUCGGGAGCGACAAGCAUACGAUCAAUGAUCCCUUCAAAUGCCUUGUCGAUCGCUUCAGCGUAUGACCUACGAGCUAAACGACUAAGCGAUUAUGAAGCUUAUUAACAAAGAGAAGCAGUGUUUAUUUAUGAAGGGCUUCCGGGAGUUUGUGUGGUAACGGAGUGUCCAAGUUGAUUUGGAGUCUUGCAAGAAGUGCGAUAUACAGUUUCAGUCACAGUGACUGAAUUCCAUGCUUAUUGCUAGUGGUUGUUUUCGUGUUAAUUUGUGUGUUAGUUCAGUGCUGGAGACGAUGACGACGGAGCUGUAGCUGGAGGAAAAUAGAUACGAACUUGGUGCGGGACAUUGAUGCUCAGCUGGAGGAUUGAGGGGCAGAAGUUGUCAGUCAAGCUGUCAGGAAAAAGUGCCUCCUUAGUGGCAUUGCUCACGGGGCAAAAGAGGAAUCAACUUCGCUAAGAGAUCCGUUUAUUAUUCGUGUAACUGAAGAUCUCUUCAGAAUCAAAAAUGCAGGAUCCAACCGACGUUUCGCAACGCCCAGGGAUCGAAGGCAUGAGUAGCCCUCAAAGAGGAGGAAUGGCUGGUGGAUUUGCGCAAGGGUUGCACACACCCGCGCUAGUCCGCCACCAGCCACCUCCAUCAUCAUUACCAGCUAUUUCUCUGUCACAAGGUGCACAGGUUGGUGCACCAGGUAUGAGCACAUCGGUUUUCGAGACCGGCCCAGUAGGUCCUCAUCCACGUUCAAUAAUUGCUGCACGGCCGCCGUCAAGCUCAGGGAUAAACAUGGGCAUGAUUGCAACUCCGAUUGUUGGAGCUGGGGGUGAAACCCGGGGUGAGCAGCCUCCAAAGAGAAAGAGAGGAAGACCUCGUAAAUUUGCAACAGGUGGUGAACUAUCUUCUGGAGCUCUAGGAUCUGUUUAUCCUGUUCUUCCAGCAUUAAUGCCUGCCUCAUCAUCUCCAUAUACGCCUUCUCCUGAGAAACGAGGACGAGGGCGUCCACCAGGCUCUGGGAAGAAGCAACAACUGGCUGCUCUUGGAGUUGUGCUAGCGGGCACAGGGCAAGGCUUUACGCCCCACAUACUGACUGUGAGCACUGGGGAGGAUGUGUCUACAAGAAUCAUGCAGUUUGCUCAGCAUGGUCCACGUGCCAUGUGUGUGUUGUCAGCCAAUGGUGCCAUUUCUAAUGUCACAUUGCGUCAGCAGUCAUCUUCAGGAGGCACUGUGACAUAUGAGGGUCGUUAUGAGAUACUUUCUUUGACGGGUUCUUAUUUGUCUACGGAACUUGGAGGUGGUGCACGGCAACGAACUGGGGGUUUGAGUGUUUCUUUAGCUGGAAGUGAUGGGCGAGUUAUUGGUGGAGGUGUUGCUGGAAUGUUAACCGCAGCCUCUCCCAUACAGGUGGUUGUUGCGAGUUUCCUCUCUGACACCUUUAAAGCCCAAGCGAAAGGUGAGUCGCCACUUGGUUCUACUCCAGGAGGUUCAUCUGGAGCUGGAUCUGCUCCAGGGUCUACUCCUGGAUCAGCACUUGGAGGUCAACGUCCUCCAACGGCAAGAUCAGAACCUAAAACUAGUUCUGCACUUGGUCCUCGGCAGGUAUCACCUGUCCCUCCCCCGACUGGCCAAGUAUCUGUACAGAGGCCGCAAGUUAUGAGCAUGUUCCAACCCAUGGCAGGCUGGCAGCCUGCUGUUCCAGGAGAUGGUAGAAGGACUGAUAUAAACAUCUCUUUGCCAGGAGGAUGAAAUUGAGUUCAAACAGAAAGACUUAAUGUUUUUUUCUGUUUCGAACUGGACCCAAUCGUUUCUACAAACUUUUUGGCCUUCCAUUUUCUGAACUAGAAAUGGGCUAUUUGCAGUGCCGAGGCUUUUAUAGUGAACCCAAAUGAUCUGAUUUAUCUAUGAUGUUGGCUGCUGCAAGCUGUCAUCUGGACCAUUACAGAUCGCAGUUCCCACCGCUGCCAUCAUUGAUUAAUUGGUGGACGAAAGAUAUGUAAGAUUAUUGCUUCAUCUUCUUCUUUUUCUUCUUUCUUUUUAUUUUAAUUUUAAAAAGAUCUUCACAGAAGGCUAUCUGUGAAUACAACCUUUGAGUUUUCGGAAGCCAAAUCAGGUGCGCGAAAGAGUUGAGUUAGUCCCCGAAAGCCAGCUGUAGUGGAUUCUGUAAUCAGCUGCAAACGCAAUAGUCAGUUUGAAUCCUUACCCAUCAGCUGCAGGUUUACGAGUGUUUGAACAUUUAAUCGUGGAGUCAAAUUUGAUGCUUAUUUUUAGAGCUGGCGUGGCGCCUAUCUCGAGAAUAUAACAAUGACGAGAUGCUGUGUGCCGUGAAACUUUACAUACCUAAUGGAGGCAUUUCACAGUUCCAUGCAGGAUCCUCUGUUUACAUGCAUCAAAUGUUGUAACUGGAUCCGAGUUUCUCCUUCGCUGCAAGUAGGAACCAGUCGAUGUCGGAUGUCUACUGAUAAGUCCUUCAUAACUAAGAGCCAACUUGGGCUAUUUCCACUC